AUGCAGGAGUCAGAGGUGACCGUGUGCCAGCUGCAGCCCAACAUUAUCUCCGUGCGCCUUUUCAAGAGGAAGGUCGGCGGUCUGGGUUUCUUGGUAAAGCAGAGGGUCUCCAAGCCUCCUGUCAUUGUGUCAGACCUCAUCCGCAGUGGCGCAGCAGAGGAGUGUGGACUGGUGCAGGUAGGUGACAUCGUCCUGGCCGUCAACAACAAGCCCCUUGUGGACCUUUCAUACGAAAGAGCCCUGGAGACCUUGAAGAACGUGUUGCCCGAGAGCCACGCUGUGCUCAUCCUCCGCGGUCCGGAGGGCUUCACCACACACUUGGAAACCACCCUGUGCGGAGACGGCCACCGCCGUACAGUGAGGGUCACGCAUCCUGCCUUUCCACCCUCAAAGUCCUUUGAGCACUGCUCCCCCCUCAGCCCAUUUAGCCCUGGGCAGCAGCAGCAGGCCAACAAGGAUCACCAGCUCUGCGCCAUAGAAAAUCUGUCCUCUGCAUCCAUCACACAGUCCCUCCUGCAGCGGGGAAGCAUACAUGUCCAGGACCCCCUGCUGAUGAGGGACGGGGGCUGUGAAACACUCCUGUGCAACGGUCAGGAGGAAAACAAUGAUCUGCUGAAGGAGAUUGAACCAGUGCUUCUCAUCAAAAACAGCAAAAAGGAGAUCAACGUAGAAGGCCAGAGGAAUGCUGAGAUUCAAGUGGCCUGGGACCUUGGCGUGGGAAAUGGUACAUCGCCCCAGCCGGUGUCACAUAACGACAGACUGAUGGAAAACAUGCCACGGGUGGCCAACAACACUGACAAUGGCAAGCCACCGCAGCAGGACAGCAUCUCCCCCACGAAGACACUACAGAAUGGCAGUCCUUCCAAAUGUCCACGGUUCGUGAAGAUAAAGAACUGGGAGACUGGCAUCAUGUUCAAUGACACACUCCAUCACAGCUCCAUAAAGAUGCCAGUCUGCCCAGAAAAUGCGUGCCUGGGAUCUGUGAUGAUGCCAAACCAUCUUGUACGCAAACCAGAUGACGUCAGAUCCAAAGAGGAGCGGCUCGCGCUGGCCACAGACUUCAUAGACCAGUACUACUCCUCCAUCAAGAGACAUGGCUCAAAGGCUCACGUGGACAGACUGGAGGAGAUGACCAAGGACAUCGAUACUAUCGGAACGUACCAGCUGAAGGACACUGAAUUGAUUUAUGGAGCCAAACAUGGCUGGAGAAAUGCUGCCCGAUGUGUAGGAAGGAUCCAGUGGUCCAAGCUUCAGGUGUUUGAUGCUAGAGACUGCACAACAGCUCAUGGAAUGUACAACUACAUCUGUAACCAUAUCAAAUAUGCAACCAACAAAGGCAACCUGAGAUCAGCCAUUACAAUAUUUCCACAGAGGACAGAUGGCAAACAUGACUUUCGAGUUUGGAACUCUCAGCUGAUCCGAUAUGCGGGCUACAAACAGCCCGAUGGCGGAAUUCUGGGCGACCCUGCCAACGUUGAAUUUACAGAGAUCUGCCUACAGCUGGGAUGGAAACCCCCAAAGACACGUUUUGAUGUCCUGCCCCUACUGCUGCAAGCCAACGGGAAUGACCCUGAACUGUUUGAAAUACCCGAAGACCUCAUCCUGGAGGUGCCCAUCACACACCCAAAGUUUGAGUGGUUCAAAGACCUGGGCCUGAAAUGGUACAGUCUGCCGGCUGUUUCCAACAUGCUGCUCGAUAUUGGUGGCCUGGAGUUCACUGGCUGCCCCUUCAGUGGGUGGUACAUGGGCACGGAGAUCGGUGUGAGGGAUUUUUGUGACAGCUCACGCUACAACAUUCUAGAGGAUGUUGCUACCAAAAUGAACUUGGACACAAGGAAGACGUCCUCCCUUUGGAAAGACCAGGCGCUUGUAGAGAUAAACAUUGCUGUUCUCCACAGUUUCCAGUCCUGCAAGGUGACCAUAGUCGACCAUCACUCAGCCACAGAGUCUUUCAUAAAGCACAUGGAGAACGAGUACUGCGUGCGAGGCGGCUGUCCUGGAGACUGGGUGUGGAUUGUUCCUUCCAUGUCAGGAAGUAUCACGCCUGUGUUCCACCAAGAAAUGCUCAACUACCACCUCACACCGUCCUUUGAGUACCAGCCUGAUCCUUGGCAUACCCACGUGUGGAAGGGAGUCAAUGGGACUCCCACCAAGAAAAGAGCUAUUGGAUUCAAGAAGCUCGCCAAAGCUGUGAAGUUUUCAGCCAAACUCAUGGGCCACGUGAUGGCCAAGAGGGUGAAGGCCACCAUACUUUAUGCCACAGAGACGGGAAAAUCACAAGAUUACGCCAACAGUCUGUGUGAAAUCUUCAAGCAUGCAUUUGACCCUAAGGUCAUGUCAAUGGACGACUAUGACGUGGUCCACCUGGAGCAUGAGACCCUGGUGUUGGUGAUCACCAGCACAUUUGGGAACGGUGAUCCGCCCGAAAAUGGAGAGAAAUUUGGAGGGGCUCUGAUGGAGAUGCGCCAUCCAACAAUAAACACAGAGGAUAGGAAUAAGUUCAAUCCCCUCGCCCAUUCAGUGGUUGAAUUUAAAUUGUUAUAACCACCGUUUUUCUUUUAUUUCGGUUCCUCUGUUUUGAACUUAUCAUCCAGGAGCUACAAGAUCCGGUUCAACAGCGUGUCAUCCUAUUCAGACACCCGCAAGUCUUCAAGUGAUGAACCAGAGGCCAGAACAAACUUUGAAAGCACUGGACCACUCGCUAAUGUCCGGUUCUCAGUGUUUGGCCUUGGCUCCAGGGCCUACCCACACUUCUGCGCCUUUGCUCACGCUGUGGACACGCUGUUUGAAGAGCUGGGGGGAGAACGCAUCCUACGCAUGGGCGAAGGAGAUGAGCUGUGUGGUCAAGAGGAGUCUUUCAGAACAUGGGCCAAGAAGGUUUUCAAGGCUGCCUGCGACGUCUUUUGUGUUGGCGAUGAUGUCAACAUCGAGAAAGCCAAUGACUCUUUGAUUAGCAAUGAUCGCAGCUGGAAGAAAAGCAAGUUCCGCUUGACGUACACAGCAGAGGCACCGGUGCUCACACAAGCAUUACACGUAAUUCACAAGAAGAGAGUUUAUGCAGCAAAGAUGCUGGAAUCACAAAAUCUACAAAGUUCCAAAUCUAAUCGCUCCACCAUAUUUGUGCGACUGCACACAAACAACCAUGACAAGCUGAGCUACCAGCCCGGUGACCAUCUGGGCAUCUUCCCCGGCAACAACGAGGACCUGGUUAUGAAUCUCAUAGACAAAUUGGAGGAUGCUCCACCUGUCAAUCAGAUAAUCAAAGUUGAGUUCCUGGAGGAGAGGAACACGACACUGGGUGUGAUCAGUAACUGGACGAAAGAAUCUCGUAUUUCUCCCUGCACCAUCUACCAUGCCUUCCAGUACUUCCUAGACAUCACCACCCCACCAAGCCCUGUGCUCCUGCAGCAAUUUGCUGCUCUGGCAACCAAUGAGAAAGAGAAGAAGAAACUAGAGGUCCUCAGUAAGGGCCUGCAGGAGUACGAGGAGUGCAAGUGGUACAACAACCCAACCCUGGUGGAGGUGAUGGAGGAGUUCCCCUCCAUCCAGAUGCCGUCCACUCUGCUGCUGACCCAGCUGCCUCUGCUACAGCCUCGCUAUUAUUCAAUCAGCUCUUCUUCUGACCUGCACCCAGGAGAGAUUCACCUCACGGUCGCUGUAGUUUCCUAUCGAGCCAGAGAUGGAGCUGGACCUCUCCACCAUGGAGUGUGCUCUUCAUGGCUCAACAGGAUAGAGAAAGGAGAGAUGGUGCCGUGUUUUGUCCGAAGUGCCCCAUCCUUCCAACUUCCCAAAGACAAGCAGGCUCCUUGUAUUCUGAUUGGUCCAGGAACGGGUAUCGCCCCCUUCAGGAGCUUCUGGCAACAAAGACUGUUUGAACGUGAGCACAAAGAGGUUGAGUCCUGCCCAAUGGUACUGGUGUUUGGUUGUCGGCAGUCGGAAAUGGACCACGUAUACCAUCAGGAGACCAUUCAGGCCAAAAACAAAGGAGUGUUCAAGGAGCUCUACACAGCCUAUUCCAGAGAACCUGGUAAACCAAAGAAAUAUGUACAGGAUGUGUUGCGUGAGCAGCUGUCAGAGAUGGUGUACAAGUAUCUGCGGGAGGAGGGAGGACACAUCUACGUGUGCGGGGAUGUUACAAUGGCCGGAGACGUUCUCAAGACCGUGCAGCAAAUUGUCAAGCAGCAGGGCAACAUGACUCUGGAAGACGCUGGAUUUUUCAUCAGCAAGCUACGUGAUGAAAAUCGAUACCACGAGGACAUCUUUGGCGUCACGCUGCGCACGUACGAGGUCACGAACAGGUUGCGUUCAGAAUCCAUUGCCUAUAUUGAGGAAAACAAAAAGGACUGGAUAUAA